GCUUCGGCGUUCGCCUCCGCCCCCCGCCCCCCAGCCACUCCAGGCCGGUCUGGGCUACCUGGUCGCUGCACCUAUGACGGCGCGCGGGACCCCGAGCCGCUUCCUGGCCAGUGUCCUCCACAACGGGCUGGGGCGCUACGUACAGCAGCUGCAGCGUCUCAGCUUUAGCCUCAGCCGCGAUGCGCCGUCGUCUCGUGGCGCCAGGGAGUUCGUGGAACGAGAGGUGGCCGACUUCGCCCGACGGAACCCGGGGGUCGUAAUAUACGUAAACUCGCGGCCGUGCUGUGUGCCCAGAGUAGUGGCCGAAUACCUUAACGGGGCAGUGCGUGAGGAGAGCAUCCACUGCAAGUCAGUCGAGGAGAUUGCGACCCUGGUGCAGAAGCUGGCGGACCAGUCGGGCUUGGACGUGAUCCGCAUCCGCAAGCCCUUCCACACGGACAGCCCUAGCAUCCAGGGCCAGUGGCACCCCUUCACCAACAAACCGACAACGUUGGGUGGGCUGCGCCCGCGAGAGGUCCAAGAUGCUGCCCUAGCCCAGGGGCAAGACACUGGCCUGAAACAGUCUGCAACUGCACAGCAGAGCCCCCUGCCCGGCCAGCCCGACCCAGAGACCAGCCUCCCCAUAAGGGAUCCUAUCGUAUCCUCACUGACCUCUGCAGCCCCCAUGCUGUCCCCAGUUCCUCCUCUCCCCACUGUCCCUGCACUGACCACUGUGUGGUCAGCGUGAAGGCCGCAUAAAAGUGCGUGCGGGCUGAGGUGUCAGUGUCCAGGCUGCAGACAGCACGUAGCAUCUCAUACUGGGGUAUGUGGCAAAUGAGACGCGCCUUUAGGAAGGAGGUCCACUUCUUCUGCAAGAUCUUCUUUCCUCCCAGGUCUCCCUUGCACACACGGGCCACACGGGCUACACGGUGGCUGUUGCGGCUCUGAGCAAAGCUGUUGGGGACCUCGUCAGUGGCACGCUCCGUGAAGAAGUAGUAAACCUUGUCGUCAUCACCCACUGCGCUGGCCUCG